ACUUCAGCCACUGCACCUACAGAAGAAAACCUGUAACCAUCAGAAGCUGCAAAGUUCAAACGUGGGGACAAAAGUGCACAGGUGCCUCUGGUAAGCUGUCUGAAACUCUGCUACUGUCAUUACUGGGAGAAAAAAAAAAGGGUUGUAAUGCCUGCUUUCAGGGAGUGGGUUAUUACUGCCUUAAGUAAAAUUCAGCCAAUAUUUCUUUCCAAGUGAGAACAGAAAGUCGCUGGAGAAUGGAAAUCUUGAUUGCAUUUCUGUAAGGGUGAUUUAACAAACUCCUUGUCUUCAGGAGUGUCUGUUCUGGUAGCACUCGCUGGGUCCUUACAGGACCGUUAGCUUCAGAAGGGUGUCUGCACCAUAGGAAUAUCCUGGUCAAAAGAGUGAAAAAGUAGUUCUCCGACCUGCUUUAAAGCUUCUAGGAAGAAAUUGAUUUAUUUAAGUUACAAUCGAGUUUUUAAAUAUAUUUCCCCCUAAAUGUGCCAUAUGACCCUUUCACAUGCUUUCUGAUUACUGAAGCCAUUCUUAAUUUUUUGCUUGUUUUGUGGACAAAAAAUUCUUCUUGGGGGGUGUUAAAAUGUAGUACUUGCCCCAGCUUUUUGUUUCAGUUGUGGUUUGUUCCAUAUGCCAGUUCUAUUGCGGUAUUUCCCAGCUGACAAGGGUUCUAGUUGUUUCAUUGCACAUCUGUUUCUUACCAUGAUGCCGAGCCCUGGAGGCUCAAACGGAGGGUGGUUGGUGCAACCCAGGCCUCGGCAGGGCAUGGGCAUCUCCCAGCUCAAAGGACGGGCGCGGGUGCCCAUGGUUCCGGGUGGAUCGUCUGCCUGGGCUGGGGCCGCCACGCGUGGAUAGGUGAUGAAGCGUCGUUCUCGUGCUGGCAAGGAACAGAAAGCAGAGAGCUGAGGACACUGUCAGGGGCAAGACGUGAACUGUAUCGCACCUGGCCCGAGCAUUGUGACCAGGAGGCUUCCCCUCGGAGUGGGCUCAAAAUGGCAGACGCUCAGAUGGAAGGACCCAAGCGGAGAAUCCUGCUCGUGGGCAAAACUGGAAGUGGGAAGAGUGCGACAGGGAACACCAUCCUUGGUAGGCAAGCAUUUGAAUCUACACUGUCCACCAAGCCAGUGACCGUGAGCUGUGCGAAAGCACAAGGGCACUGGGACGGCGAGGACUUCACGGUGGUUGACACGGCCGACAUUUUCAACCCAAGAGGUGUCAGAAGCGAGGUGCAUCAAGAAAUUAUCCGCUGCAUCAAGCUGUCCUCCCCGGGCCCCCACGCGCUGCUGCUGGUGACUCAGCUGGGCCGAUUCACCCAGGAGGACGAGGAAGCCGCAGAGAGACUGCAGGACAUCUUUGGAGCUGAUGUUUUGAGGCACACGAUCGUCAUAUUCACCCGCGCAGAAGAGCUGGUGGGGGGGUCGCUGCACAACUACGUGAAGUAUUCCAAAAACAGGGCUCUCCAUGAGCUGAUCCAGAGGUGCGGGAACAGGUACUGCGGCUUCAACAACCGGGCAGCUGGAGCCGAACGGGACCAGCAGGUCGCAGAGCUGAUGGGGAUGGUCCGCUGCAUGGUGCGGGUGAAUGGGGACAGGUACUACAGCAAUGAGAUGUACCUGGAGCCCAAUUUAACAGAAGAGAAGGUGGAGUAUCACAUGGGGAGGUACAGAGCAGGCAGGAAAAGUAGUGAGUUUCUCACUCACUCUUAUAGGAGAGAUAUUGUGAUUUGUGGGAUGAUUCUCCUUGCCAUUGCGGUGGUUUUCAUUAUUUUUCUUAUUUGGUGGGAGUGAUGAAUCCCAGCACCACAGGACCACUGAACGCCUGGGGCUGGAGGCACCUCUGCACACCGCUCCAGCUGCCCAGGACCGUGUCCAUUGGGUGUUGGACAUCUCCAGGGAUGGAGACCCCAGCGCCGCUCUGGGCAGCCUGUGCUGGCACUCAGACACCCGCACAGCAAAAAAAGACUUUCCUGAUGUCUCGCUGGGCGUCCUUGUGCUUCCAGCAGCGCCCAUGCCCCUGUGUCCUGGCUCUGGGCACCCCACCAGGUGUUCGCACACACAGACGGGACCCCCGAGCCCCCUUCCCCGGGCUGAGCAGCCCCAGCUCCCAGCCUCUGCCCGUCUUGCAGAUGCCUCCAUGUCCCGGUGCAAUGGAACCAACUCUCCCUUGGAAAAGAAGAGGAAUUGUCUAUGUUUAAUUGAGCAUCCCUUUAAUCAGUUAUCACAUAUGUAGUACAGGACAAAAAAUAUGUUUAUCUUUUAACCUAGGCUCCCUUUGAUCAGGGACAAAAUGCUCCUUCUGGAAGAAACAAAGGAAAGUUGCCAAUAGCAAGUAGCCUUAGGUUGUGCUUAGGUGACAUGUGGCCAUUUUGAGAAACAAAGUUGUGUUUUUGCAAUAGAAGUUGUUUUUGCAGUGGAAUAUCCACUAACCUUGCAUAUUCAAAAGUGAUCGUGCAGGCAUGACAGUAGCAUAGCACUAGUUAAGCAGAUAAGGGGAAGGUCCCACUGUCCCAACAUAAGAAGGAUAGCUAAGAAGAACAGGAUGAGCAGUACGAAAUAAGUAAAAACAAGAAUCACGGGCCCUCUAGUCACGAGAGAAG